AUGAUGCCACUGCAAUGGCGCGGUAUUCUUCCCUUUGGAGUGAGCGGCGCAACGGCAUCGUUGUGUCUGGCGGCCAUCACGCACACGUACCUGCUGUUCCAUUGCGCCCCGUACGUGGGGUACAUGUCGACCAUGUUACCGCAUCAACUGCACGGCCGCGUGGCUCGUAACGUUUCCGUCGACUCGGUCGGUUGGUACGCAGGACUCUUGGGCACGGCAUUUACGACGGGCCGUUGCUUGAGUUUCGUACCGUGGAAGAUUUAUCGUCAUAGUAGUUCAGCCGGAAACAGCAGCAGUCUCGCGGGCGUCAAGAAUUCGUUGCUGCUGAGUCUGGGCUUGUCGGCCGUGUGUUCCUUGUGGUUUGGACUGUCUCGAACGUACACGUCCGCCUUGUUGGCGCGGUUCGCCUUGGGCUUGUCGAAUACGCUCAGUGGAUGUGUCAAACGAGCGGCCAUUGAUCGUGGAAAGCAGUUGCGGGAACAACACAACACCAAUGCUGCCAUUGCGAGUCGCGAAGAAGAAUUGGCGCCCGCACGAGUCUUGGCCGUCAUGUGGUGGGGUUCUGCCUUGGGACCGUGUUUGGGGGGUGUCUUGUCCACUCCGGGGUUUACUUCGUUGUCGGAAGAUUUACCGCAGUGGAUUGAACUCUACCCCUUCUUAUUGCCCAAUCUGGUGGCGGCAGCCCUCUGUCUCAUUUCCAUGGCGGGAGUUUAUCACUACAUUGAAGUUGAAAUUGAGCAGCAGGAGCCAACCAAUCCACCCAAUCCACCACCAGGAAAUCCAAAAACAGACGAGGAGGGGGUAGAACAAGCAGAAUCCAGUCCCCUCUUGAACAAGAAGAAACCAGCGACGGAACGAACGACUGCUACCGGUACUGCAGCCACCAUUGAUACAACCCAACAAAAAGAAACCAUCCAUGCCUUGAGAAAUAUUUGGAAAAGCCGCAAUGCUCGAUUUCAUUUGAUUGCCUAUUGGGCUUUUUCCUUUGUCGUCGUGGCCAUUGAUGAAGCAUUGCCACUCUAUCUCAUUGCUCGUCUUUCCGGACCGGGAUUGUCCCCCAAUCAAAUUGGUUGGAUUCUGAGUGCGGCAGGUAUGAUGGUGGUACUCAGUCAAAAUCUCACGGCCAAACACAUCUUUUCUGAAGCGGGAGGGUUAUCCUUUUAUCGCAAUAUACGGUUCUCGGCGUUGCUGGGAAGUGUCCCUAGUGUGCUGGUGCCACUUGUGCUGAUACUCAAUGGCGGAACGUAUUACGAUUUAUUAUUAUUGGUGGGGUCAUCCUCCACAGAAGAACAAUCCGGCGAAUUGUUGCCAGGAGCGGCCGGAGGAGAAGCUUUGGGACCACCGGGGUCGCUCAAAUGGACAUCCUUUCUCUUUCUGUUCCUUCUUGCGGGAAGCCUCAAGGUCUUUGAUUCCAUUUAUUUUGCACUCAUUGGAGUGGCCACAGGACGGACAGUACCUCCCUGUCAUCGCGAUGAAGUGGCCCGGAUCAUGACCCUGGGAGCACUCAUUGCCCGCGCCAUUGCCCCCGUUGUGGCGGGAGCACUCGUCUCCAUUUUCAUGUCGGAUUCCAUCGUUUCCUGGUCGCAUCAUGGAGAUUCCGUGGUCUUGUGGACCGUCAUUGGACUAGUGUUUGGGGCUGGUGCCGCCAUUUUUUCCUUUCAACUCUACGAGCAGGCUGACAGAAAUACGGAUAAUGAUAAUGAUGAGAGACAGAGCCAAAGGUCCCAACGGCAGAGUUUAUACCUCGACAAUCGACAACGAGCUCAGGUAUAUGUUAAGCUUUGGGAAAUUCACUAUGAUCAGGGAUCAAGCACGGUGGGAGCCAAAUGGAGGCGAUUGGCACGCAAGGCCAUUACGCUAAAUCGAAUGAAGGGAGCCUUGUCGCCGACCAAUAAAAAAUCCGAUGAUGACGAUCACGACCCCGAGGCUGCUGCAGAAGUGGUCAGCAAAAAGAAACAUAACAAGCGCACAUCGUGGGUCGAUCACGUUCUGAAACCGGGCAUCGACAUUGAAAAUACACCAUUCUUUAUCCUCGGAACCCAUAAAAACGACAAGUCAUGUCUACCGCACGUCGCCACCCCUCCUCUCAUGGAAGCACUACGACAACAUUUGCCCAUGUCAUGUUCGGAAGAUAACUUUUGGUUGAAAUACAGCAUGGUUCGGGAUGGAGCAUCCACGCAAGUACUCGCAACCAAACUUUUGAUGGUAAAAAACACCUUUGUGGCCAUUGAGACUCUCGAUGGUGAUGUCUUUGGUUGCUUCAUGACCAGGCCUUGGGAACGAACAAGUAAGUUCGAGCAUGACGGCGAAUCAUUUCUUUGGCGGAUGAAACAUCGGCAUAGCACAACACCAGCAACCGCUCCAUUGGAUGAGGAUGCAUUGAACGAGAUUGCCAGAAAGGAAGGAGACAUUGAGAUUUAUCGGUGGACCGGUGAGAACGAUGAGUGUCAGCUCUUAUCGCAUGACCGGAUAGCUGCUGGAAGCGGAAUGGUCGAGGGACCUGGACAACAAGAUGGCUUCGGCUUCAUCAUACAGGAUGGAUUAUCGCAGGGUUCUUCCAGUCCAUGCAUAACAUAUGGCAACCCCUGCUUGGUUUCCUCGGAGGACGACGGUCGAUUCGAAGUAGCCAACAUGGAAGUCUGGGCAAUGACGCCGUUCCUGUUUGCCGAAGAAGCUGAGAAGAGCAUAUCCACCGUGCGGUUCCUGAAGGAGAAUUUGAACGUUCAUGGAGACAAGCCCAGCAGUGCCCAAAGUGCUUGGACCACCUUUCUAUAG